UUCUGCUCGUUCUACUGCAUACUCACCGGUCCUCACCUCAAAAGAAGAGCGAUGGGUGACGAGCACGGGGAGAGAGCGCUCUCUGGCACAACGGGAAUCUAAGCCAUCUACAUACAAUAAGAAAACCCUACCUUCCUCGUGAGCAAUCUCAGACUCCUCUGGCCAAAACCAACAAGAAGGACAGGGGGUGUGGGAGGAGAGGGAGAGAGAGAGAGAACAAAAUCGAGAAGGAAGAACAAAAUUUGCCUCUUUUUCUCCCUUCGUUCCGCGAGAUCGUCCGAUCGAUCCCAAUCUCUUUGUUCUGUGAGGCAAAAGGAGGGAUCUUGAGGGAUAAAAGAUAGAGUUUUGAGGGGGGGAUCGGCGGAAAGGAUGACGGCGGGAGGAGGGCGGCAGCCGACGUGGAAGGAGAGGGAGAACAACAAGCGGAGGGAGCGGCGGCGGCGGGCGAUCGCCUCGCAGAUCUUCUCCGGGCUGCGGGCGAUGGGGAACUACAAGCUCCCGAAGCACUGCGACAACAAUGAGGUCCUCAAGGCCCUUUGCCACGAGGCCGGGUGGAUCGUCGAGGAGGACGGCACCACCUACCGAAAGGGUUGCAAGCCUCCCCCACCACCGCCGGAAUCUGCCAUCGGCGGUCCAUCUACAGGCAUCAGCCCUUGCACCUCGUCCCACCUACUGAGCCCGCUCUCCUCGUCGUUCCCUAGUCCUGUCCCUUCCCACCACGCAAGCCCAUUGUCAUCAUCCUUCCCGAGCCCCAGCCGGCUCGAUAACGCCAGCGUAAACCCAUCUUGCCUCCUCCCCUUUCUCCGAAAUCUCACCGCCCUCCCCCCACUUCGCAUCUCGAACAGUGCCCCUGUGACCCCACCCCUCUCAUCCCCUACCGCCUCCCACCCACCUAAGAUCAGGGCUCCAGACUGGGAUCAGAAUGCCUUCGGCCGCCCUUUAUUCGCUGCAUCUGCUCCUGCUAGCCCCACCAGAGGCCGCCGCCAUGGGCACCCUGCAACCAUACCUGAAUGCGACGAGUCUGAUGCUUCCACUGUUGAGUCCUGCCGGUGGGUCAGCAUGCAGAUGACCGCCCCGGGUUCCCCGACUUUCAACCUUGUCAACCCUGCUGCCACAACCCCAGACACUGCAGCAGGCAGUGCAGGAGGAUGCACGGAAUUUGACUUCGAGAGUGGGAGGGUGAAGCCAUGGGAGGGAGAGAGGAUUCACGACGUCGCAGUGGAUGAUCUUGAGCUCACUUUGGGGGUUGGGAACACGGCAUCUAAGUGAAACCUUGCUCUGCUUCGUGCAUUAUGCUUUCGAUUUGAUCCAAUGCCGCCUGGUUAUUCGGUAUCCGAUUCUCUUCGUUCUGUGGUUCUGUCGCCCUCGUAUUUUUGUUUUGGAUUUCAGUAACCUGUUUGUGCAUGUAUACAGAUUCUUUAAUUACCUUUGGGGUAAGCUAAAUUGUUCUAUGACUGCUAUCUCGGUGGCAAAUUCUCAU